GAGAGGGGGGUGAGCGCGCGCGCGCGCACGCACACUCACUUUUAUUUUGAGGGGGGCAAAAGAGAUCGGAAUUUUUCGCCUCUGUCAUUCAAAAGAGGAAAACUAAAUAUUUUUAUUUUUAUUAAAAAAAAACCUCAGAAGAAGUAACAUUUAACUGCGGGCCGGCCGUUCCGCAUUGAGGUGGCUUUGCUUUUCCUCAGGAUUUGGAAACGCGAAGGAUUCCGCGCCCCCCCCCCCCCUCUCCUCCCGCCUCCCUUUUUUCCCCUCUCAGUCGGUUGAUUUUAUUUUCGGUGGGAUUUUAACUGUGAUGUGAGGGCCCUUUGGCGGCGAUGAUUUAAGAAGCGGGGUAAAUGUUUUUGAAGUUGCUGUUGGUCGGACUCGGGCAGCUCACCGCCCCCCUCUGGCUCGGCGGCGGCGCAGAGUGAUGAGUCCAGUGGAUGGGUGAACUUGUUUUGCCUUCACUCUCUAUGUCUUUCUCUCUCCCCUUCUCUCUCAUUAAAUAUAUAUAUUUAUAUAUUGGAUAUAAAACAUUUUAUCAAUAUAAAAUAAAGUUGAUAUUUAUACACAUGCGGCCGACCGCAAUGUUUAAUGCACUUUCCCCCUCCUGAAAUUAUUUCGGGCCCUGUUUUUGUUGAUUUUUUUUCCUCUCUCCUCUUCUUCACUAUUUUUUUGGCUACGUGCGGAAAGAGGGUAAAGAGAGAAGGGGAGCUGGGGCUUUCUUUUUUUUGCCUUUUUUAGAGGGGUGGCGGAAAAAGUGAAGGAAAGUGGCGCGGGAAGUAGAGGAGAUGGAGUUGCAAACUCUGCAGGAGGCUCUGAAAGUGGAAAUCCAGUCUCAUCAGAAACUUGUGGCCCAGAUGAAACAGGAUCCACAGAAUGCUGAUUUGAAGAAACAGCUCCAUGAAUUGCAAGCCAAGAUAACCACACUCAGUGAGAAACAAAAAAAGGUGGUUGAACAGCUGAGGAAGGAUUUGAUGGUAAAACAGGAACAUCAUGAAGGCAAACUGCCAAUGCAACAGCCACAGAUACUGCCACAGCAGCAGCAACAGAUUGUACCACAACUGAGCAGCCCACAGAAGACAAUAAAUGAACCUUCAAUAGUCACCACAAAGGCGAUUCCACUUACUCUACUGAAAACAACACAUACAAUGCCUGCCUCGGUCGUUUCACCAAGAUCCAUUGCUAUGGUAACAGCUCUAAGCAACCCUCAGAAAUCAGUGGUUAAUGCAGACUCUCAAAACACACCCAUCAACCUACAGAUUACCAACAAACUGACAACUCUGGGGGUCGACGCUGUGCGAAUAAUGCCAAAAUCAACUGUACAGUUGCAGGUACAGACAACAAACUCGCCACCAAUCAAGGUUCCCCAGUUCAUUCCACCACCCCGGCUGACCCAACGCCCAACCCUUUUACCACAGGUUCGUCCGAAACCAGUGAUGCCAAAUAGCAUUCCGAUUGCACCUGCACCGGUGUUUACUACUUCGCAACUUAUCCAGAGACCAGUGGUGCUGACAAAAUUUACACCCACCACUCAGCCAUCAACUGCAAAUUCCAUACAUCAGACCAGAAUUGUGAAUGGACAACCAACUGCCGUCACCAAGACGCUACCAACUGCGCAGUUAACGGGCAUUGUGAUUGCUACCUCUGGUCCUAAGGUGCCGAGUCCCCAACAGCUGAAACUCAGCAAAACAAAUCUGGAGAACAAGACCAUUAAACUUCAGGUUGAAUGGGAAGAAAGGCGGAAUGAUGCCAGUCCUUCCUCCCCAGUUCCACCUAAACCCAAGAAAGAGGAGAACCCAGAGAAAGUUGCUUUCAUGGUUUCUCUGGGAUUGGUUACACAUGAUCACCUUGAAGAAAUCCAAAGCAAGAGGCAAGAAAGAAAACGACGAACAACAGCAAAUCCAGUGUAUAGUGGAGCAAUUUUCGAACCAGAGCGCAAAAAAACAGCAGUAACUUACUUGAACAGCCCUGUGCAACCUGGGACACGGAGAAGAGCCAAUGAGGAUCAGUGGUUGAAGGGUUUGCCCUAUUUAGCCACAACGGCUACUUUACAAAGGGGCCCUGUCAGCAAGCUGCAAGAUGAGGCAAACAACGUUGAAAACAUCACAAAAAACACAACCUUGUCUGGUGACAUCCAUGAGGAUUUCUGCUCUGUGUGUCGACGUAGUGGACAGCUGCUGAUGUGUGACACUUGUUCUCGUGUGUAUCACCUGGAGUGCCUGGACCCGCCAUUAAAAGUCAUUCCCAAAGGAAUGUGGAUUUGUCCUAAAUGUCAGGAGCAGAUUCUGAAAAAGGAAGAAGCAAUCCCAUGGCCUGGGACAUUAGCAAUCGUUCAUUCUUAUAUUGCCUACAAGGCUGCAAAAGAAGAAGAAAAACUAAAGUUGUUAAAGUGGAGUGCAGAACUAAAGCAGGAGCGAGAACAGUUGGAACAUAAAGUUAAACAACUGAGUCAUUCCAUAACGAAAUGUAUGGAGACUAAGAAUACAUUGCUCGCUCGACAAAAGGAUAUGCAGUCCUCGUUGGAGAAAGUAAAACAGCUGAUCCACCUGAUCCAGGGUAUACAGCUCACAAAAAAUGCUACACCAACAGAUGAGGCAGUCAUCAACCCCACAGACUAUAUGAACUCUCCCACCAUUGAACCUUCACCAGUGAACUGUGACAGUAAUUUAGACACCAAGUAGCUGAAAGAAAGGGCUAGAUACUGUAGAACUUAUAAACCUUUCUGGGAACAAAAUUGUGACAGGCUGUUCCUGACUUGCCAAUUGAAAGAUAAUUCUGUGCUGGAUUGUGUUCUUAUAGAUCCACAUUGGGAGUGCCAGCUUGGUAAGAACCAGCGUCAAGCCAAGUGAAAUACCAGUGUGUGCCUGCUGCCACCAGUUUGGUUUUUAGUUGUCUACUCUUCAGGGAUACAGAUAGAAAACAAUCGUGAUGACUUAAUGAGCUGCCCUGGUCAUGGAAUGUGUUUUCAUGAUUUUCGAGUCCAGGACUACUUGAGCAGAAUAACAUAUUUCAUGCAAUGCAACAUGAUAGGGGGAAAUAUAGUACAGGAAACAAAGGUUGAAAGGCACGAGAACAUGAUGGUCCUAAUCACUGACUGUAACUGAAGUAGCAAAGGCUGAAUCAGAAGUACAGAGAGACAGGUACAUUGUGUUUUGGGCACAGCACAGAGUACAAUGAUAUUCCUAUUUUGUUUUUAAAUGCAAAAAAACACAAAUGGAUAUUUAUUAUUGGGAGGGUAGGUGAUGGCACCAAAACCAUGCAUGGCUUAUGAUGAAGAGUGUUUCUUUUUAAUUUUGUUUUAAAAUGUCAGGUGGUUGUUAAUUGUACAAAUAGUUGUUUCGGUGUCUUAGGCACUGGAAAACAAAAGGUGGGCAGACUGAAUUUGUCCUGAGAUUUUUUUUUGGGGGGGGGUUGGGGUUUAAGCUUUGGGAAAUAUUCAGGUCUUCCUAGUGUUACCGAAAUUAGAUCAAGAAAAUUGUUGAGUGCUUUUGUUUCCUAACGAGGUGAUUUAUAGUAAACAAAAUGUUAGAAAUUGAGCAGAUAUAUAUAUAUAAAUGCAAAUAUAUAUUAUAUAUGUGUACAAACACAUACACACAUGCAUACACACUUGCAUUCACACACAUACAUGAACAAGCACAUAUACACACAUACAUGCGCAUUGAUACAUACAGACGCACACACACACACACACACACACAUGCAUACACACUGUCUCUAUGUAUGUAAAAAGAAAAAAAACAUCUGUUAUUAUCUGAACUGCCAAAUGCUAUAUUGAACCUGCAGGGAAUGAUCUUCAGUUUACUGGGGAAUAUACUGGAACAGUUUUACAGUUCUUACUAUUUCCAUCUUUAAGAAAAGUGGAUUGAAGGUCACAGGUAAUGAGAUCAGUUUAAGUUAAAUGGUCAUAAGUCUUCAGUUGUGUAAAAAACAGGAAAAAGUCUGUUGUCUGUUGUGCAAGUACAGCCAGAAUGGAAAUUUAUAUUUGCAUUAAUAUUUAAUGUUGGUUGUACUUAAUUUAACAUAUCAGGGUGUGCUUGCCUUUACCUUUUGGCACUAGGUGAAAAUUCAGCCAUUUAUACUUAUAUUUGUAAUUACUAACCAAACAACAUGGCAGGUGGAAGAGACGAUUAAUGAAGAGUUUCUUCUGAACUAGCUAUGUGAAGAUUUGAGUUUUCCUGAUUGCUGCCUGCCCACCCUGACAAUGGUGCAUGUACAGAACACAUUUUUGGGGAGGAGGGGGAGGGAGGAAUUUGCUUAAAGAGAUAGUCAGUGAUUUUCUGUCGUUACUUAGUAUUGGUCUUUUACAAAGUUUUUAAACCCAAUUCUGAACAUUAGUCAUAUUAAAGAUAUUUUUUUCAUUGAAUUGAUACUCAUUGCAAUUUAUAAAAAAAACAACAGAUAAUCAAGAGAAUCUAUUUCAAAACCAAAAGAUUUUUCUCAGAUUUGAUUUGCAUCCAAAUAUUCAAUGGAGAGGGCUGAGAUACUAAUUUAAAUAAAAGAAAAUUGUUGCAGAAGCAUUUCUGGAUGUAUCCCAAAAUCUUUAUUUCUUUAUUUCUCAUCAUCUUGACUCCCCUCAAAACUCCUGCAUGUGAAUAGAUUCUACUCAGCCUGAGUAGUAAACAUCUAUGUUGCCUCUCUAGGAUAUUUCUUGUUCUACCAGUCUUAAUGCAGAUGUGAAAAAGUUGGAGACUGAUCCUUAAAUUAACGAAAUGAAAAUUUAUAAAUAUGCUUCAAAAUAACUUUGUAUGCAUAAUGUAAUUUGGAACUGCAGUGAGACGAUUAUGAAGCCAACAAUCUUUACAACAUUUUGUAUCUGAACCUGGUCCAGCUUCAAAGAGACGUUAUGACUUUUGCUUGGUGGGAAAUGAAAUAUUAUCAGAGUAUAUCUGCCUUCCCUUCCUAUAUCCCGAUCAUAUUUAGUCCUUGAUUUGCAAUAUACAACUACUUCUUAUCAGUAUACCUUUUGUAUGCCACAUGCAGCAAUAAAUAGCUGUCUGUGAGUUCAAAGCUAUACAUUGUUAUGCUUUGCUGUCAUUCAAAACAAUAUCUUUCAGUUUGCAUUGUCCUUCAAAACCACUUGAGUUCAUGAUUUAAGCAGAUCAUUGUCACUAAUUUGUGUUCCUUUGUUCAUUCACUGCAGUAACCUAAUUUCACAGCAUCAUUCAGAGACUUUCCAAAGUCUCUCACAUGACUUUUUUGUUAAAACGGAGUCAUACUGGAUGCAGAGUUUGCUGACUGGUGCUAGUUUAGGCACACAAUAGUAUUUGGCACCACUAAGAUAGGGAGGGAAAAGCAACUCAAAUAAAACAUUUCUCAAUUAUUUCACUUGGGAAGCAAUAAGUUGUUAUCAUUUGAAACAAAUAGCCUUCUUGGCUGCACACUCGUGAAGUCCUCCACACUCAUCUUCUGCCAGCUUGGACAACUAGAUCUUAAUGGUACUGUAUAACACGAUACAAGGGAUAUCAUUGGUAAAGGAGGCUGUUAAUUAUCAGAUCAAAAGUAAAGCUGGCUGCAAAAUAAGAACCCUUAUAGACAAUCACUUGUAACCUUCAAAAAUAUUCAUUCUUCGGAGUAAUCAUUUGUAUUUGUGAACAUGACAAUAUCAAUUUAAGUACUUGAUAUCACCACAAAUAUAGUUUUGGUGUAUUAGUAUCUUCAAGACAAAAUGAUUUCCUUUUAACUGAACUCGUGAAAUGAAAUUUAAACUUGAAGUAAUCGCAACAACUACAUUAAUGUAAGAUAAUUAAAAGAUAAAAUAAUCCUCCUUCCCGACUCCCAUCUUCCCUCAUAAUAUCGCCACUGAAUAAUGCAUAUCAAUUUAUUACACCUUUGGUCACUCAAGAAUAGGGAUAGUAUUAGCCAUGCCAAAAAUAUUUUCAUGAGGCUAAAUGAUACUACUUUUGAAACGGGGUAACGAAAAGACAUUGGAACAGUUCAGUGCAAAAAAUCUGGGGGAAUGUUUGUGGAUCAUCAAGCAAGCAACUUAGAUAUAAAUCCCUACAUUAGAUCAAAGGGUUUUCCGGUAACAUUAAUAUUGAUCAUCAAUCUUCAGUCAAGACCAGUAUGGCAUUUAUGAAUUAUAUAAGCAUGUAUUUGCAGAAUUUAAUAUGUCCUUGUGCUGAUGUAAAACAAAUUGAAAUGGAUCCAGAACAUCUUGAGGAUUUCAAUUCUUGUAUAGUCAUGUAUUUUGAAUAGCUGUUUGCCAGAAUUAGGUUUACCAGAUCGAUUAGUCACAUGUAGUCAACAGACAUGAGCACAAGGAUCACCCACAAAUAUUGUGAAAGACUGCAAAUUUACAUUCAAUCAGUUCACAAACAUUUGUCAAUUUGAGGUUCAUACAGAGACAUAGGAAAAUAGGGUUAAUGUUUGGGUCUAGGAACAUUUUGUCAAAGCCAUUUUUACUUUGCAGUAGGUAACAUGAAAUGAGAAGAAUAGUCCUACAAGUAGGUGAAAUGGACGAAAUAAAUGUUGAGGUUGUAGAGGAUGUCUGAGCUUGUAUAAUAAAUGUGAGUGGAGUCUAUCACCUGAAGUUAAGAAAAUCAAGCACAAAUCAGUUAUACACUACUUGGUAAGCAAUGGUUGGAAAUUGAUAUUAAACAAACCUUGAACCUUGAAAGUAAAUGUAAUGAAAAUCACCACAGAGAAAGACCAAGGUUACCAGAGCAACAUUUUAUAUGAAGGAUAUGAUUUGAGUUAAAAGAAAGUUAUUCAAUAUAAAAAGUGGUGAUAAGAAAAAUGUUUACUCAAAUAGGAAAAAUAUUAACUCAUUCCCCUUUAAAUGAACAUUUCCAACAUUUACUUGUUUUAUUUCAAAUUUCUAACAUAUAUUUGGAUUUUAUAAAUCCACAUCAUCUGCAUAUGGAUGCUGUAAGACAACAUAAAUGUCCGUUCAUAUUCGCUUCAUGUCUGAUUUAAAACCUUAUCCCCACAGGAUGUUUUGCUGGAAUGGGGGAAAUGAUCUUGAAUGAGUGUAAUGAGCAUAUUUGUAGCUGAAAGUAAUUUGCUCAUUUCCGCGUGUGUUGUGGGCAUAAGCCACAGCAUGCUCCUCAAGCAAAUAUGCUGACAUUUGAUGGUCAUAGUGCUUUUAUGUGAGUGUGAUGUUUAAUACUGUUUAGCAGUUCAACAAAAAACAUUUUUUUAAAUCCUAUGUAGCACAGGUUUCAUUCUUGUGUGAUUAUUUGAAAUAGUGAAUGAAUUUUGUUCCAGAGCAUCACUACUCAUUUAGCUAAUGGAUUUCAAGGUUACUUCCACAUUAUUCUUUGAUUUCAUUGGUAUACUAGUUCUUCCAACAGCUGACCAUGAUACAUUCCUGCAAUGCACUGAUCCAUUGCAACAAACAUGCAUUGUUUUCUAAUUUAAGCAAAUUGAGAAUAUGAUCAAAUUAUUUAGUGUGGGUUGCCCUACAAAAGUAACAAAUAACUUGUGUGGUUGCUGUGUAAAAGCCCUGUCCCACGGUACGAGUUCAUUCCAAGAGCUCUCCCGAGUUAAAAACAAAUCAAACUCAUGGUAAGCACGGAGAAUGAACGUAGGGUACAAUCGGAGCUCGGGGACGUCUCUUAGCGCUAACGGCAGGUACUCGGGAAGACUCGCUAACGGCAGGUAAGCACGGGAAGACUCGUGAAGAUUUUUCAACAUGAUGAAAAAUGUCCAUGAGAGCCCUGAGCACUGACGAGUGGCCAUUACCCUAAAUCUCCGAGUUCGAAUCAGGGCAAACUCGGGAGAACUCUUGGAAUGAACUCGUACCUUGGGACAGGGCUUUAAUACUUAGGAAUUAUUUUGAAAUUAAUGUUUGCCCCAUGUUUUGUGAAUGUGACAUUAUCAGGUCAUUUUGUCGGCCGUAAUCUAGAACAUCUAAAUAUAAUGUGAAUUUCUUUUAUAAAAAUGCAUUUAAGGCCACCUGGCGUAGACUUGGCUUCUUGAGUAGAACCUGCACAUAAUGUAACUAAGUUUUGACACUUGGGGAAGUUAAUCUGCAAUAAACCCAGUUGUCUGUAUCUUUCUCCAUUGCCCCAUCCAAAGAAUGCAUGGAUGUAUUUGCUCAUUGUCCCAAAGAGUCUACUUUGUGAUGAUAGGUUAUAUCUCUCACACUGUAACAAGCAAGUAUGUUGUCCUGAGCACUUGGCCAAAGCUACCAAUAGUUUGAAGAAGGGUCUUGACCCAAAACCUCACCCAAAAUCUUCUCUCCAGAGAUGCUGCCUGCCCUGCUGAGUUACUCCAGCUUUUUGUGUCUACGGUUUAAACCAGCAUCUGCAGCCGGUUCCUACACAUUUGUGUCUAUCUACCAAUAGUUUUGCAGGAGUUGAAAAUUAUUGGGUGGUUAAUGAUCGUUAUUGUCUAUCAGCUUUUUGUAAGUUAUCGUAAGUUUUUAACAAGGAGAUCAUACAGAACCAUAUGUUCCAUUUAGAAACCAGUACACCUGCUGAUCUCCAGGAUUUGCUGACUACAUUAUAAUCCACCAAAUCUAUAUCCCAUUGCAUCCAUGCUCCAUUAGGCAAAUAUGUAGGUGAGAUUAUUUGUCUUACCCAUCUUUUAAUUCAAUAUUUAAAUUUCACAUCUCAACAUGUUUUUUACCAAGUUGGUCAGUGCUGGUGCUCUUUCUCUAAGAUACCUCCCUCCCACCUAAUAUUAUCAUACUUUCUCAGCAUUUCUUUCUAAACCAUUCUCCAUAAAGCACUUUGCUAAUUUUGCCUUAAAUGUAUCACUGCUAUUAACUCCAUGUGGUAGCAAAUUCCACAUUUUAAUUACACUAUUAUUAAAAUAUUCAAAAGAAAGCUUUUUAAAAUUCUAAUAAUUUUUAUGUUGUCAUUAGUCUGGAAUAUUUUCACUAAUUAAAUCAUUUUCUCCCCAUCUAUCAAACUCCUUCAAAACUCAAAAUAUGUUUUUUGGGUCAUACUUCACCCCCAUCGUGAAAUGUCCCCAAUACUUUGCAAUACUUUCUGUUGCUUUAAACCAUAAUUUCUGUGAGCAUUUUUGUAAAUCUCUUUUGUGUUUUUACUGGUGUCUCCAAUUUGUGAAAUGGAAAUCAGGCCUGUACAGGAUUUUCCACGUGUAAUAAAACACAUUCUAAAACAUUAUUCGCAUAGCAGUGACAAACUAUUCAAUAUUCAGUGCCCUCCAUAAUGUUUGGGCCAAAGACCCAUCAUUUAUUUAUUUGCCUCUGUACUCCACAAUUUGAUAUUUGUAAUAGGAAAAAAAAUCACGUGGUUUAAGUGCACGUUGUCAGAUUUUAAUAAAGGCCAUUUUUAUACAUUUUGGUUUCACCAUGUAGAAAUGACAACAGUUUAUAAAUAGUCCCCCCAUUUCAGGGCACCAUAAUGUUUGGGACACAGCAAUGUCAUGUAAAUGAAAGUAGUCAUGUUUAGUAUUUUGUUGCAUAUCCUUUGCAUGCAAUGACUGCUUGACGUCUGCAAUUCAUGGACAUCACCAGUUGCUGGGUGUCUUCUGGUGUUAGGCACUUUCCUUAAUUACUUUUGCUUAACACUAUCUAUCAUUCUGUAAAAUGAUUCAAAAUUGAAAGCCUCAUUAAUUCUCAUAACAAUCCUAUAACUAAUUGUGUAAAUAUUUGAAUCACAGUCCUUGGCCUCAUUUUUUCUAAUGUCAUGGAUGGAGGCCCUUCAUUCUUUGGAUUCUAUGCCAACUCUCAGAGCAUUCCAACAGAACCAAUCCCUGUAUAUUUCCUGUGAUAUACUUUCCCCCGUGACCAUUGACACCCUUCUGAUUCUUUUACCAGCCACCUUGCAGGUAUUCAAGGAAAAAAUGUGUACUUUACAAAUGUAUAUUUAUUUAAUAAAUAUCUACCAAGUGAAAUAAUAAUAUUGAUGGGGAAACGUUUGCACCUUGCCUCCGCAACAUUGUAACCAAAAACAUAAAUGUUCAAGAACUCAUGCAAACACUGAACAAAUGAAUAUGAGAUCACUUCCCUAACCACUGUUGAGUCUAUGCUGCUAAUGUAUAGUACAGCACUGAAGUAGAACAAUUUGCUGUUCGACUUGCUUGCCAGCAGCAUGUUCCAUUGGAAAUUAUUGUAAUGUUAAUCCUAAACAUGAAAGAACAGGCUUUUAAAAAUACCAGAUAUUUGGUUUUCUCGCAUUUCAUGCAUUCCAUAUCUUUCAAGCUGAAUGCAAUAGAUUAUCUUUAAUCUCAAUAGUGCACCUAAAGUGGAACAGUUGCUGUAACUACUGGUUGUAGAGUUACAUGGCCGUCAUCUCUCUUGUCCCUUGUGCCCUCAGGAUCCUAAUCAUCCAACAUUGUUUUUCCUGUGAUGCUCUCCUGGUCAAGCAAUCCGCCAAAAGCCCUUAUUCACGAGGGAAGUAUAUAAAGAAUGAGCACAAAAUAGGACCAUGGUACCACAAACAACCUUUGUGGAGGUGGGAUAAAAGAGAUACAUAUCUAUUACAAAUUAGUGAUAAGGUGCAUGGAGUUGAAUAUAUAUUUUUACUGGAAAUCCUUUCACUUUAAAUGUAUUUUUCAGUUAGUAAAUUUCUCUUGUGGCACCCCAGUUAAUAUAAAUUGGAAUGAAUUGCAAACAUCUCUAGGGAUAAACUUUGUGAGGAAUACUUUUGAAGUGUAGUUUAAGUUCAUUCUCUGAGGUCACAAGUAAGAUGUAAUUGCCCACAAUUAUAGUUUAUGGUGAAGGAAUGGCCCAGGAGAUGGGUACCGUUCUUGAGAGCAGGAUAAACUGUGGGAUUUGUGGUUCUAGUAGUUGCCUCUUCUUCCCAGUAUCAGUGUGCUGACCCUCACUGUCUCAGCUCUUUCAUAGGCAAGUUGCAGCUGCAAGGGAGAAUAGAUAUUUACUCCUUAAAUACUGAACUUGUAUUUGGCGUUGUAAUAAAAAUAUGUAUCUACAAGGUUAAAAUUAAUGGAUAAAAUGUGCCCGUUUUCUUGCACUGACACUGGAGGUUGAAAUGUGACUUUCUCUACUAACAAAAAAAAAAUCCGUCAGUGGUACGUGAGACAAUUGCUAAUAGCUCUCAGCUGAGCCCAUCUCAAAUAUUAUUGUCACUUUAGAAAAAGCAACAUUAUUUUUUUAUUUUGUGGGAACAUUGAUGCCAUUCUUCUAAUCCUGGUUCAAAACUCAUAAACAGGCAAAACAAAGACUUUACAUAGACAUUUUGGCAAAGUCAGCCUGACCAAAACAAAUUUGGCAAGUCGUGUCUGGAGUGCACCAUACCCCUAAAUCAGCUCUGAACAGACCUAGGUGGAUAUAGUUCUCUUAGGAUUGGAAUAUUUGAUCUGUGGAACAACCCCUACCCAAAUCUGUAUUACCUAUGCAGAUAGGCAGUGGAAGGUUUUACCAAUAACCUGUGCUGGUAAUUUGCAUUGUUGAAGACUGGAAUGAAGUAAGGUAUGUGGGUGAGUCAGGAUUAAGUGUAAUAUAUUAAAACAUAAUGUGGAUAACAGUAGAUUGAGACCACAAAAAACUAUUUGGAUUGUUUCACAUGGUGUUACAAUGAUAAUCAACAGGAGUUCCCUGACUGACAAGUUCCCUGUUUUUUUAAUGAAAUCUUGAGGCACCUGCACACAUUCUAAAAGGGUUUUCAGGAAACUAGUUCAAGCUCGUAUAUUAAAGUUCCAUCUUGUACAAUGUCCAUAGUUUAAAAGUACAUUUGGGGAAUUGGGGACUAUUUUUGCAAUAAUUCCUCAGCAAAGCUCCAACAAAAUUAGCAAAAAUAGACUGUAAAAAUGUAUGUAUUUGUGGUUGUUCAAGUUUGGGAGCUUUACAUUGUUUUGACAUCAACACUGAUGUUAGACACACGCACUCUGCCUGUGUGUGUGAAACUUCAAACACAGAGAAAAAUAUGAACAUUUCUAUAACUUUAGUGCAGUUUGCUGAAUUAUAAAAACGUUCGUAAAGAAAGUGUUCGGCUCAGUUUAUGUAAACCUCUAUUAACCUUCUAAUGAGUGGUAUUACGGGAUUUGUAUAGUGUGUAUAUAUAAACAAACCUAAGAUACUUACAUAUUCUUUUGGGUCCAUUCUCAAUAUGCUGCUUUCCUGAGUUGCUUCAUUCCUGCCCGCCUGUUGAUCCACUUCUGAGCUCAUGGAAUGGAAUCCAAGCACCAGGACAGGACUCAAACUGAAAACAUUGGGCAGGGUGGGAUUUGGGGGGUAGUUCAGUUAAAUGUAGAUUAUGAUUAUCAUACAAUGAAAUAGCAAAGUGAGUAGAUGAAAAUGAAAAACAACUGCAGAUGCUUGAAAUCUGAAAUAAAAUCAAAAAACUCAGGUAGUCGUACCUCAGUAUUUCCAGCAUUUUCUGCUUUAAUGACAUGGUCAAUUACGUUUUGUUAAUUUAGCAGGUGAUAGGAAGUAAUUAUUAUAUUGAAGGCAAAACGCAAAUAUUCAAUCAUGUUUGUCCAGUACUACUUACAAUUCAGAGGUCGAAUAUUUAUGAGUGCCCUGCAUUUUAUGUCUGCUGUAAUUUUAACAUCGAGAGGCAGUUGUAACUAGUAGAUUACAAGCUCGUGCAAUUUUUUUUUUAAAAACCCUUAAGAUGAGCAUCAAUAAAUUGCCCCCAUUUGCCAUGGCUUGUGCCAUCUAGUCUUGAUGAUUUCCUGAAACUUUUAUUUCCAAGGAAAGCUUAAAGACAUUAUUCUAACUCCAUUUAAUCUGAAUGGGGCACAAAACAAGAUUGUGCUGUUCUUGUUGCUUUGGCCUUAUUGGCAACAAGCAAAACCAGAGAUAGAGUUAAACCCAGAAAUUUGAACACUCGUGGGCUGAUUGGGAAUGUUCCAGUUACGUGAAUACUUCUGAGUUGCCCUGGGAUCCUGAUGCUGAUCAUUAUCUAGUAGCUAUGAAGGUUAGGUGAGGAAUGGGAUUCCUUUUUACAAUAGAUUGUCUAGACACUCAUUGUCUAGCCUUGGACUUGAAAUCAUUCCCUGAGAAAAACACUGCUUCCUGUAAAUUGUGACUAACUUUGGAAAAUAACAACUCUUCUCGUUUCUCUUACAAAGCUGGAUUUUAAUUAUGCAAAAUGUCCAAUGUCUCUUCACUUUGCCUACACAUUACCGAGCCUCAGAAAACUGUGAUGUUGCAUCAGAUUUAUUUUAGAAUCUCUGAUCUGAGAGAUACGUUUAUUUCUGACGGUGUUUAUAUCCUCUGAAGCUAGUACCACAUAGAACUAUUACUGGAUCAGUCCAACAAACCAUGUUACACAUCUGCAUAAUCAUCUGCUGCUCAUGUCAGAUUUUAGCAGAGAAAUAUGUGAUUGUGUCCCUACUAUUAAACUGGAAUAUGCAAAUCAAUCUCUUCAUUAAGGAUAAGGGAAUAAAGGUGAGUGUUGGCCUAGCACACUGCCUGUGUAAUAUAUUUUUAAACUUAAAUAACAAGAACCCUGUUAAAUUCAUCAUGUUAAUUAUAAUUUUAAAGAUAAUACUUUAGUAAAGUUAGAGGAAUAUGAAGUAACAUGGCUCAUUGUUACAAAUGAGCUAUCUUUAAUUGAUGUUAUCACUAACGUUUUAGUUUAAAAAAACAUCAUAAAGUUGUUUGGCCUUUUAGAUUUCAUUGACAGAAAUUCAAAUACUUAAUACAGAUCAAUUUAUUUAUUUUUUUCUUGCAAAGCCUUGCGUCAUAAUUCAUUACAGUCUAAGAAUGAACUAUGCUGCUUCAAUUUUAGGAUUUUCAAUUGGAUUAAAUUAUCAUCCAGUUGUAGAGUUUGAUUGGAAUUAACUCUCGUCUCUAAAAAUGUUGAACAAUCUUGUCUUCAUUUUAAGGAUGCAUUGCAACCAACGGUAAUGUCCUAAAGAAAGAGCGGCACAGUGGUGCAGCUGGUAGAUGCUCCCUCACAGUGCUAGAGACUCCGGAUCGAUCCUCAACUUGGGUAUUGUAUGUGCGAAGUUUGCAUGUUCUCCCUGUGACUGUAUGGGUUUCUCCGAGUGCUCUGAUUUCCCCCCACAUCUCAAAGAUGUGCAGGGUUGUAUAACCUUUGGCUACUAUAAAUUGCCCCAAGUGUGUAGGGAGUGGAUACGAAAGUGGGAUAACACAGAAUUAGCAAUUUUGCGAUGGUAAACAUUUUGAAUGAAGGAUGUGAAAAUGAGCUUCGAGAAAUUCUGCCAUCUGCCCUAAACGUUCCACUCUCGUAUACCUCCUCUUUCACAUAGUUUGGCUAAGGAGAUCUUUGCUUUCUGUCCUGAAUUCAGGAAAGCCACAAGUGGUUGUUGGUACAAGAUUAUUUCUGACUAAUAUUUUUAAUUCAUUCAUAUAUAACUUUUUCAGGAUCAGUAUCAUUCUAUAUUUCAUCAUGUGCAGAAUGGUGUGGAACAUUUACAUGUCAAGCAUUUUCUAGGCCUUCAUUUUUAUGCUCUGGUUGUUGCCUCAGAGCCUAAGACAGGUAACUGGCCUAUUACCAAUCUCACUGGCUGGCUGGAAGAUGCAAUAUCCCGACUCCCUCCAACCUAAUUAAUAAAGAAUAAAAUGUUUUCCCUUCACUAAUUCCUCCUCCCCAAUCUCCAACCUCAUCCCCUUUAAUUCCUCUUGCCAUUUCAUUCUGCACAAGUAGGAGGCACAACUGGUCUAUCCUUAAUUUUAAUUUUGCUAAAGAUCCUAACGAAAAUUACACCUACCAAACACACAGAACGGUUUGCCAUUCCAGGUGGGUGGUUUAGUCCACUUUCCAAAGAUUCUUUGACAUGUGAUGUGACUAAUAGUGGGGAGCAGGAACAGGAAAUGGAGAAAUAUGUGCAACUUCUUCCCAUGAAGUUAUGGAUAAUUUUGCUGCGAAAUGAGAACUGUAUCAUCAAUGAACAAAUUGAUUCUGUCCAAUUGUGCCCAUGAUAAACACCUGGAACCAGUUUUCAUCAUUGCUGGCUUCAGAUGACCUUUUGACAGACUUUGUCCGAUGUAAGCCAUGUGCCUGGAUCAGUAAUCUGCUCUAGCUAAGGGCUCUUCAUACCAUUGACUGCAGGUAUAGCCUUAAAAGGAAACUUACGGGACAUCAAGCCUACAUUGAUGUCUCAUUUUGAGUGUUAGUCUCAUUACCAUAAAUUCUUUUGUAAAAAACAGAAAAUGCAAGUCACUGAAAUUUGAACUGGUAUGUGAAUCUCCAUUAUUUAGAGAACUAGGAGCAGUAAUAAAAAUAUAAUUAUGCAAUUAAUUUCAUAACAGUAGUUGUUACUUUUAUUAACUGUACUUUUAAUACUGUUUUAUUUAUCUUAUCCGUAGUAUGAUAUUUAGAUACUUCUGUGACAUCACUACAUGAAUUGGCAUUAUGCGUGGUUUUUAACUGAAGUAUUCAGGAGGUCUUCAACCUGAAUGUAGAAAUGAAUAGUUCUGCAGUCAUGAUGUGAUCUUCUAGUAUUAGAAGCACUGUGGUUACAUCUGUGAGAUCCCACUCAAACAUACUAAUUUUUAAUGAUUCAUUCCACUUGGCAGAAUUCUGGCAGUUGUCAGGUCACCAGACAUAUAACAGAUGGACGCAAAAAGCUGGAGUAUCUCAGCGGGUCAGACAGCUUCGCUGGAGAAAGGGAAUGGGUGACGUUUCGGGUCGACACCCUUCUUCAGACCAGAAACGUCACCUAUUCCUUUUCUCCAGAGAUGGUGUCUGAGGAUCGCUGAGUUACUCCAGCUUUUUGUUUCUAUCUUCGGUUUAAACCAGCAUCUGCAGUUUCUUCCUGUACAUACCACAGAUCCUGUGAUGUAGCAUAACAUGGCGUAUUGGGAGGCAGGAGAGUCUGUGAUUCCUGCCUGUCUUUUUGCCUGAUGCAGAGCAGAGGGAGAUAUUGUGCUGAGGUGAUAUUAUUAACCUGUUCAUUCAUCAAGAACCAAAGUGAAAACAUCCAGUCCUUGUUUGCUGAACUCACUUGAUGCAGAUUUGGGUACGGUGUGAUACCAGUGGAAGUUCUCUGGCAGAAAAAUAACACUGGAUACUGUUCCACUUAAGCAGUAUUUUAAAGGAUACAAUGUGACUUUUUUUUUACUUGUAGAAAAAGUUUUAAAAGCUGAUAGCACACAGAGCCAACUGUGUUAAUGGCUAAUGCUCUGAAAAGUCAAUGGUGUUACCAAAGUGAACGUGAAUAAAACAUUGUGUUCCUCAUGUGUGUGUUUGAGCUUGGCAGGACAGAAAUCAGUACUGCACUGAGUGAAAUCAAUAGUAUAUUAUAUGUGAAUGACUGUUAUUGUCAGAGAUCUAGGUACAUUGUCGCAUUGCCUGCUCCGUACUUAUUGAUAAUCUUAAAUUUGUAAACAUAGAGUGUGAAUGUGGCAGCAAGUGAAGUUCUAUAGACUGGAAUUGAGAUGAAACCAACAUCAGUAUUACAUCUAUUUACUAUAAAGAGUGAGAAGAAAGCAAAAUAUACAUUUUUCCAAUUUAAAUUAUGUUGGUAUUAGGUAUUUUUCCAUCCACGUUUGAUAAGAUUAUGUUUAAUGGGAGGACAUUUAAUUUGGCUUCUGUUGGCAUUCAGCUUCUGAUUUGUGCAGCCUGAAACAACCUCACCAGGGCUCUCUGUAGAUUCUGAAAUCAACAUAAGGCUUUGCAAUUUAACUGAAAAGAAAAUGUUUUCAAAAUCAUCCUUGCAGUUUUUCCUCAUCUUUGUGGUUCUCUAAACUACUAAAUUAAAUCUGAAAGGUUAUAUUUUUAUGGUCAGUUGGAGUUACUUUUCACCAUCGUUUUUCCUGUUUGAACUUAUUUAGAAUAAAAUCGAUACAAAAAAGUAAUUCCCAACCUGCAGAACAAUUGAACAAAUACUUCAAUAAACUAACUAACCUAACUAUCACCACAGUCCACAACUUCAUUAAACACAAAAACUCCUGCAUUUCGUUUGCUUCCGAUGCUGAAUUUAUUAAGGAUAAUGUUCCACAAUUGCUAUCUCUCUGCAUGAACUGGGGGAUGCUGAUCUUAUACAUAUAAACUUGAUAGUAUAUGCAUAUAUACUGGAGCAACCUUUAUCCAGGAAAACAAGCCUGAUCAAAAUGUGUACAUUUUUCAUGACAAUGGAAACACAAACCAUGAUUUUUUUUCUCGCAUUCUUCCUAUCAAAUGUGUAUUUUAAUACACCAAUCUGGAAUUAGCUCAUUCAACCCAACCUGAACUCCUGGCUUUUGGGCAUAUUCCAGGAUUUGAUCAUUGACCUGGUCUCUGGUGGCAGUGGGCUGCGAGAGGGAAAACAUGCUUUAUGGAACAUUUGUUUGGAUAACUAAAAAUAUUGAUAGUGACCUUAACUAAUGUGACAAUCCAUCCUGUUUUCUAAACCAAACAGCCAACUAAUUGUCUUUGUUGUAAUAAGGGACCCUAGUGAUCCCUGAAUGAAAAAUAAAUUUGCAUGAAUUGAGAUUUUUGUUUAAACUUAUUUGGCAGAGUGUCAAUACCUUCUCAACAAAAUGUCACAUUGGGUGAAUUAAUAUUUAAUUAUGGAGGUUUCAAACGAUGGUAGGAAUCGCUGGCAGCAUUUUUAAGAGUUGAUUAUCCUUCAAGCGGCAGAUUGAGAAAUGAUUUUAUGGAUAGCAAUCCCCGACAAAGGGUAUUAACUGUUUACAUUGUGUUUGUUUAAAAACAAAGUCUCUUACCUCAUGCACAGUACUUUUGCAUUAUUGUGUUAAUAUAGAGGGGGAAAAGUAAUCAAAAUGAAACAGGAAAACAAUACGAGCAAAAAUGAUUGUUUAUUUGCCCGAUGCUUCCAGAUUUAAUGCAGAUAAUUAAACAAAGUGUCACCACAUAAUAGUCUAUGAGGGCAAAGCAAACACUACAACUGUUUGAAUGUGCUGCAGUUUGUGUAAAAUAUCAUUACACUGGUUCAAUAUCAGUGUUUUAUUUUAUUGUAAGAUAGUGGUGUUGAGUUUUUUUUGAAAUUGUAUAGGUUAUUUCCCCCCCCCCCCCCCCCCCAAGUUGGUUUGAUAGAAAACUGCAAACUCAACAGGCUUUUUUAUUGUAAAUGUUUUUUAAUAUUGUUUGUCCAAGAUCCUGUGCUAAAUAAUUUUCAUUCUAGCAGUUUAAAAGUUUUAUUUACUCACUUCUCCCCUUGGUUUCAAAGCCAUUGUGAUUUUUAAUUUGUGAUGUAUCUAGAUAUUAGCUGUACUUAAAAACAAAAAAGGACAAAAUUCUUGAUGCAUCUGAAAUCUUUUGGAACAAUGUAUUUAUUUUAUUCUUUGCUAAGUAAAGAUUGUACACAAUGCUUUUUGGACUGUUUUGACCAUGUCUUUUUGUAUGAUGCAAGUCUGAACCAGCAGAAAUAUUUUUUAGGAUGACAAAUUCUGGUUUGUUUCUUUUUUCAUGUUUUUUUUUCCUGAGGAAAUGGUGGCCAAAAUAAAUUUUACUGGAAAUUACAAUCCAGCACAGCUUCGGCACCUUUGUUUACAAUUGUAAUUGCUUCCCCCACUACUGUGCUGACGGUGGGAUUACACCUCAGGUUUUCUACUGUGCACUAGGAAUAUUGAAAGGAUGGUGAAUGUUCCACAAAAAAAUAGUAGCCUCAUUUCCUAUUCCUGGAUUUUGUGGUUCAAAUGCAAACUACGUUUGUGUUCAGUCAAGUCAAUAUGGAUAGUCUCCUGUGCUGCUAGCAUUUUCAUUUAUGUAGCCUUUCCACUGCUUUUGAGUUGUUGAUUCUUCUCUUCCAAAAUUUUUUAGCAAUGAUGUGGAAUUGAAUAGU